AUGUACCAACUUAGCGCACAAUUGCGUGGUCACACACAGGACGUGAGGAGUGUGGUUUCUUUAAGUACGACUCAGGUGGCAAGUGCCUCUAGAGAUGGUACAGUUAGGAUAUGGAAUUUGGAUGCGGAUGGGAAUUGGGAAGGUUCUAUUGCGUUUAGCAGUGAAAAGUUUGUGAACAGUUUGACGUACGAUGCUAAGCAGUGUGUUCUAUUUUGCGGUGGCCAAGAAAAGAUUAUUUACGGUGUGUCUCCGUUGCUUGCUCUGGGGCAAGAACCGGUUUAUACUUUAGUAGGCCAUGAGGGGAACAUUUGCUCACUUUCUGGAGACUUUGAAAGCCUAGUGAGCUCCUCUUGGGACAAGACUGCUAAAGUGUGGACUAAUGGGAUUGUAAAAUGGGAACUUAAGGGACAUUCGGCCUCUGUAUGGGAUGCCAAGCUCUUGAACGAUGGGAGCGUCCUUACAGCGUCAGCAGAUACUACAGUUAAGUUAUGGAAAAAUGGUACGCUGGCUAAGACUUUUGAUAAGUUACAUUCCGAUGUGGUUAGAAAUAUAUGUAUUCUUGACGAUGGAAAGCAUUUUGUUAGUUGUUCCAACGAUGGUACUUUGAAGCUAUCCAACUUGGAAGGCGGUAUUUUGCACGAGUUUAUAGGUCAUGAAAGCUUUGUCUAUGCUGUGAAACAACUGCCAAGCGGAGAUAUUGUGUCUUGUGGUGAGGAUAGAACCGUUCGUAUUUGGAACAUGGAUGGAACUAUCAAACAAGUCAUUACUUUACCAGCGAUCUCCAUUUGGACCGUCGAUGUGUUACCCAAUGGCGAUAUUGUUGUUGGUAGCAGUGACAAAAUCAUCAGAAUCUUUACUGAGAAUGAGCAAAGACUUGCAUCCCAGGAAGAGAUCACAUCUUUGCAAAAACAAGUGGAGGAAUCUGCCGUUAACGCACAGACGAUGGGGUUUGACGAAUCGAAGUUGAAACCAUCGUCAGUGCUUCAGAAGCCGGGUGAAAAGGAGGGUCAGAUUGUUGUUGUCAAGAAUGAGAAUGGUGUUAUAGAGGCACAUCAGUUCACGGGAGGUUCUUGGAGUAAAGUCGGAGACGUUGUUUCAUCUGCCGGUAGCGAUAAUAAGGUUGAAUAUGAGGGUAAGAAUUACGAUUUCGUGUUUGAUGUUGACAUCGAAGAAGGCAAACCACCGUUGAAACUACCCGUCAAUGCAAACGAUAAUCCGUACGAUGUUGCAGAUAAAUUCAUAAUUAGAUACGAGUUGCCAACAAGUUAUAAGGAUCAAAUUGUCCAAUUCAUUGUGACAAAUACUAAGUCGACUACAUUAGAUCAACCUUCUGAUAUUUCCAGACAUGCAGACGUCAAUUAUAAGAUAUUCCCCGUGAAGAAGUACCUAAAACUUACAUCUUUCAACCCAGAUUCUUUGUUCAAUGGUAUUGUGAAACUUAAUCAGGCAGAAAAUACCUUUGACGAUGACGCACUUGGGGCAAUCGGUUCAGCUUUGCACGAUGUGGAAAACAACAUUGAACUAUUGUAUGCGCAUGCAUGCAUCAUUAAAAAUCAAUGGAAGGGGAACAAAACACCCGCAUACGAUAUAGUUAGAAUUCUAACCCCAAAGUUACCUUCAAGUGACGACAUGAGUGAGUUUAUCGAGGAAGGACUUUCACAAGAAAAUCCAAUCUCUACAAUGCUAACUACAAGAAUGUUAGCCAACUGUUUCUCUAACCAAAUUUGGGGGAAAGAGCUCAUGGGUAAGCCAGCAUUGUACGAUUCCGUGUUCCAAAUAUUGGACGGUGAUUAUCCAAAUUGCAAACCUCAACAAAAAGACAACUUGGCUAUUGCAAUCGCCACUCUACUCUUCAAUUAUACCGUAUACAUCCUGGAAUCCAAUGAUCAACAAAUUCUUCCAAUCAUUGCUGAUGUACUUAAUACAAAAUACGGAUCAUCAUCUCUGUUCCUCAACAGUGAAGAAGCUACAUAUAGACUCCUAAUCGCUUACGGAAAUCUAGCCACUGUAGAACCAUCGUUACAUCAAUACGCUAAAUCCAUCUCCUGGAUUAUCAGAGCUAAGGAUAAAUACGGUAAGAUAGGUAGAUUCGAAGAUGUAUUCGAAGACUUAUUUAGAUGA